CUCAACUCAAACUCUCAUCCAGAAGGACCAGAACAAUGGCUUGUUCUUCUUCUUCUUCUUCUUCAACCAAGCUUGUGUUCUUUGCUUGUCUCAUCUUGUUCACAUUCUCGGACAAACUCGUGGCUGGAGAAUCCGACAAAGUUAAGCUCAAUCUUUACUACGAAUCACUUUGUCCUUCUUGUCAGAACUUCAUUGUCCAUUAUUUAGGCAAAGUCUUUAGUACUGAUCUCCACACAAUCACCGACCUCAAGCUUGUUCCAUUUGGUAACGCCCAUGUCUCGGACGAUCUUACCGUUACUUGUCAGCAUGGUGAAGAAGAAUGUAAACUAAACGCCCUUGAAGCUUGUGCCAUUAGAACUUGGCCUAAUCAGAGAUUGCAUUAUAGGUUCAUACUAUGCGUUGAAACUAACACAAAUGCUUGGGAAUCAUGUGUUAAGAAGUAUGGAGGUGAAAAAGCCAUCAAUGAUUGUUACAAUGGUGAUCUCUCUAAAGAGUUGAUACUUGGGUAUGCAAACCAAACCAUGCGUUUGAAACCAGAGCAUAAAUACGUACCAUGGAUGACACUCAACGGCGAACCACUCUACGAGAGUAUUGUUGAUUUUGUGGACUUAGUCUGUAAAGCUUACAAGGGGAAGACUGCUCUACCAAAACUCUGUAGUUCCUCUGCCUUUUCUAAGAUGAAAGUGCCAAAGCUUCAAUUCUCCUAUGCCAAUGAAGCAAUACUAAACUAAGGUGGAUUUAAGCUUAUGUUAGUGGAAUAACUUAAGAAAUAUCUUUUCCUAAGCUGUUAUGUUUACGCGUUGCCUUAUGUUAUUCCCAUUGAAUUGAACUAUAUAAAGAUCUAAGACUGACAAAUUUUUUCCCAUUGGAAUGUCUAGAAUGAAGAAUCAAACCAGUUUUAGUGGUUUUAGUGGCAAUGGACCACAAAUGCAUUAUGAUGAAGAAAUUGUUAAACUGUCUUUUUAUAUGAGUUGUCUACUUGUCUUUAUUCCUGCCACUGAAGAGCAGCUUUUUAAGACAUGGAAACAAUCUUGAUAAUACAACAGAUUCAUUUUUGAUAA